AUGGAUUUAUUGGACAUGUCGUCUCCCUCGCCUUCCCAGCUCAGCCAUGCUCCGGUAAACUUUCUCUUAAUCGAAUCAGUGUACGAGGAGCAAAGUACCCCCGACGCAUCUUCUCAAAUAUUACGCAAAAACUCCAUUAUCCCCAUCUUCCAAGAGGGCAGCAUUCCCAACAACUCUGGCGGCAAACUCAUAACGUUCGGAAGGUCUCCUAAGAGCACUUUCCAAUUAACCAACCCUGCUGUUUCUCUUCACCACUGUGUAAUGUGGUGUAUUCAGUUUGAUGAAUCUAACACCCAAACUCAACCAUUAGUUUAUCUCUGGGAUAAAGGUUCUUUAAAUGGGACCUAUGUAAAUGAUAAAGUUAUAACGAAGGGCCAAAUAGUUUUAUUGGAAGACAACGACGUGGUUGAAAUCGAAAGGGGAACAAAAUUUGUCUUUUCAAGUUGGGUAGCUCCAGCCAUGACUAGACCCCUCCUUCCCCAAAACCAUCAGAAGGAACCAACAAUUCCAAACUGGGAGGUAUCUAAACGGGUUCUUGGGACUGGGGCGUUUGGGAGUGUGUACCUAGCUAAGAGAUUGAAGAAUACAGACAAAAACAAAGACAAAUUCUUGUACGCGGUUAAAGUUAUCCCAGUCAGGACGGAGACGGCGAAAAUACCAGCACUUCUGUUAGAAGCUCAGAUCCUUUCCAAGCUAGACCACCCUAAUGUCAUACGCGUCCAUGAAGCAGUAACACGAAACGGCAACUUCUACAUUUUUCAGGAUCUCAUCUGUGGAGGAGACCUAUUCUCCUAUCUCGUCCAGGGAGACAGCCUCGUGCCACUCCCGGAAUCAGAAUGCCUUGUUAUAACGUACCAAAUCUUAUUGGCAUUGAAAUAUCUCCAGGACAACAACAUUGCUCAUCGAGACUUGAAGUUGGACAACAUUUUGCUAGCUACUCCCGAGCCUUGUACAAGAGUGGUGUUGGCCGAUUUUGGAAUUGCGAGAUACACCAGCCCUCCAGCUGGACUGCUGAGCCUGACUACAAGACCGCAGAGAAUGCACACGAUUGUUGGCACCCCCGAGUAUAGCGCCCCUGAAGUGGGAUUCUUGGGUAGAUUCAGGUCCUCCGAGCUGGAUGAGUUAGAGACAAGCACCAAUUCGGAAGGGUAUGAUUUUCGAUGCGAUAUGUGGUCGGUAGGCGUGAUCGUCCAUAUCAUAUUGAGCGGGAUUUCUCCAUUCUACGAGAAUGGUGACGAGCUACGAAUGGUGCAGUCAGCAUCCGUCGGAGAGCUAAAAUACCUACUGCAAAACAGCCCCAAACACUGGGGAAGCGUUUCAGAGGACGCAAAGGCCUUUGUCAGGAAGUUGUUAAGGGUAAACCCGGAGGAGCGCCAUACGUGUGCCUCAGGCAUGGGGCUGCAAUGGGUUUCUGGCCAUGAGAAGCUUUUGCGGUAUAUCUACCACGAAGUAAUCUUGAAGCGGUUUCCAUGA